AAGCAUGGGGAGGAAGGGAGGAAGGAAGGAAGGAAGGAUUAGGAUGGAGUUCUUGACCUGAUGGUAUUGCUAAGGCCUACAACACUUGAAAGCCGCCCUUCUUUCUUUACGCCUCAUUCAGCUCUACUCUACUCUACUCUGCUACAACAUUCAUUCCAUUGCAUUUCACUGCGUUUCCCGCGUCUUUUAUCCACAUAUAUAUAUAUAUAUAUUUAUAUUAUAUGUGUUUGUGUGUGUUGGCGCGCGUGCUCUCUCUCUCUCUUCCGCCAUUGUUGGUAAUGCGUGCAAGCUAGUUAUUUCUUCAAUUUGCCUCUCCACCGCCACCACAAUUUAGCUCUCGUCCGCCGUAACGGUUUUGAUUAAAUUCAUUCUCCUCAAGCUUUGCCGUUCCUCAAUCCAUUAUCGGUGUUUCUAUAUAUAUAUAUAUAUAUAUAUCUACGCAGCAUCGCUUUCCUUUCUCCAUCAACGGAUUCGCCUUUUUCACUACUUAUGACGGAAUUGUGCUGCUUAUAUUAAUUAUUCACUAUUUGCGUUGCGAUCGGUUUCUGUAUCCACGGCUUGCCUGUCUGGUUUGAGGAUACAAGUUUCUGCAGUCUACGAGAUUGAAUCGGAAACCAUGGGAAGCCACAUAAGCAAGAAACCUGAUGAAAACUCAGGUGCCAAACCCGUAAACAAACUUCAGUUUGCAACGGAAUUGAAUUCCUACGCGGCUGCCUGCAUGGUUGACAUGGAUCUGCAGUCGUUUGACACGACGCUCCAAGUGCGAACAAACAAUGUCAUCAAUGCCUUAGCUGCAGGAGUCGAAGUUCGGGCAGUGUCCUUUGAUUCCCUGAGGGAAGUCACCGGAUGCCUCCUGGAAAUGAAUCAAGAAGUGGUGAAGGUGAUUCUGGACUGCAAGAAGGACAUAUGGAAGAAUCAGGAAUUGUUCGAGCUAGUUGAGGACUACUUUGAGAACAGUCUCAAAACUCUGGAUUUCUGUGCAGCAUUGGAAAAAUGCUUGAAGCGCGCUCGGGACAGCCAGCUGCUUAUCCAUGUCGCGCUUCAGCAAUUUGUGGAGGAAGAUAACAAUGGGGUGGAAGGGAACGACAAGUAUUCAAAAACAUUGGAAGAAAUGAAGAAUUUCAGGGAUGCCGGGGAUCCCUUCACCAAGGAGUUCUUCCUGAUUUUCCAAUCUGUUUACAUGCAGCAAAUCUUGAUGCUGGAAAGGCUACAAUUAAAGAAAACCAAGCUUGAUAAGAAGCUGAAAUACAUCAAUGCCUGGAGAAAGGUAUCCAGCAUCAUCUUUGCAGCCACUUUUGCAGCUGUCCUGAUAUGCUCGGUGGUGGCUGCCGCCAUGGCUGCACCACCUGUGGCUGCUGCCCUUGCGGCUGCAGCCUCGAUUCCACUGGGGUCCAUGGGGAAAUGGAUAGAUUCACUUCUCAAGAACUAUGAGAAUGCUGUGAAGGGACAUAAGGAGAUAAUCAACUGUAUGAAUGUGGGGACUUAUGUCACCAUCAAAGACUUGGACAACAUCCGAGUUUUGAUUGAUCGAUUGGAGAUUGAGAUUGAAGGCCUCUUGCAGAAUGCUGAUUUUGCCAUAAACGAAGAAGCCGUCAAGCUCGGUGUGGAAGAAAUCAAGAAGAAACUGGAUAUGUUCAUGAAGAACAUCGAGGAGUUAGGAGCCCAAGCCGACAACUGCAGCAGGGAUAUUCGCAGGGCGAGAACUGUUAUUCUUCAGAGGAUCAUAAAACAAAAUCCCAACCAUUGAAGCAGUCAGUGAUCAAGUAUGAAUCUCUCCUCAACUUCAUCUCCUCAGAUUUCUGCAUUCUUCAUCAUCAAAUCCCUUGUGGUUGAAAUUUCAGUACAUAUUAUUAUUGUUGGUGUUGUUAUUGCAAACUAAGUAAGCCUUUUAAUUCAUUUAUUCUUUUAGGGUGUCGAUAGAUUGUUGUGUAUACUGGUAUGAAUUUCUGGAAACAGUGACAUACUUUAUUUUAUUAGUUGGUGAAAAGUCUCUCUUUUUUGCUUUGGAGGAGAUGAAUAUUGAUAGGUUGAAUAGGUUUCAUGCAGUGAUUAAUAUCUGUUAGUUAGUAGCCGAAA